CUCGGCGGGGCUUGCGGCGGGAGCGGAGCGGGAACCGGAGAGACCGCAGGCGGAGCGGGGCCCGGGGCGGCAGUGGUGGUUCUUACAGGCACCGGUGAAGCUGGUCUGCAUGAAAAUACUGGCUGAGGAGUCAGGUGUGCUCGACAAGGAGUGGUGCCCCUUGGGAAGAAAGCUCUGAUUAUUAACGGGAAAAUAAUACUGGAACAGAAUGUUGCUUACCUUUUGCCUGAAAAGGUGAAAUCUUUUCAAACAGAAAUGGCUGAUAAGGGUGGAAAGAUCCUUCCAGGACAAUUGUACAUUCAAGUGGAGUACGACUAUGAGUACGAGGCCAAGGACAAGAAAAUUGUGAUUAAGCAAGGGGAGAAAUACAUCUUAGUGAAAAAAACUAAUGAUGAUUGGUGGCAGGUCAAAAGAGAUGAAAAUUCCAAACCCUUUUAUGUGCCAGCACAGUACGUGAAGGAAAUACCCCGAAAAGCACUGAUGCCACCUGUUAAGCAGGCAAGCAUGCUGCCAAAUAACACUUUGAAGUUGACACAUGGAUUACAGAGAUCGACAGAAAAUGUGAAUAAGUCACCAGAGCUUUCUAGUUUUGGAAAAUCUCCAGUUCAAGUGUCUUGCUUAGUUCGAGAUGCCAAUCAAAAUCUGGGACCGAACAAUACCCCUGGUCAAACUCUUGGUUUGAGUCUGGACCUUACCCAAAACAAUGGAAAACUUAAUCACGAGUUGCAAUCUCCCAAGGUUUCCAAUCAGUUUAGAACCAUCUCCAUGGGUCAUUUCCCAUGCCCAGAGUUCUUGGAAAUAGAGAAGACCAGCUUUUUGCAUGAACAAUCUUGUGAUUCAGCAGGAGAAGGCUCAGAAAAAAUUCACCAGGAUUCAGAGUCUGGAGAUGAACUCAGUAGUAGCUCCACAGAACAAGCACAGCCAACUACUCCACCAAGCCAAGGGAGGCCUGAUUCACCAGUUUAUGCUAAUUUACAAGAACUGAAAAUAUCUCAGUCUGCACUUCCACCACUACCUACAAGUGCUCCGGUCCAAAUAAAUGGGGAAUGGGAAACCCAUAAAGAUACGACAGGACGCUGUUAUUACUACAACAGAGGAUCACAGGAGCGAACCUGGAAACCUCCGCGGUGGGCCCGAGAUGCAAGCAUUAAUAAAGGGGAUUCCCAGAGCCAUGCAGAUCAUGAGCAUCUUUCAUCAGAAGAAAACGACCACAGUUCUUGUUACAGCCAGUCAGAUAGUCAGUAUGGUUCUCCUCCAAAGGGUUGGUCAGAAGAGUUGGAUGAACAUGGUCAAACCCUAUAUACCAAUGACUAUACUAAUGAAAAGUGGAUAAAACAUGCAGAUGAACAAGGUAGACCAUACUACUACAGUGCUGAUGGUUCCCGAUCAGAAUGGGAGUUACCUAAGUAUAAUGCUUCACCACAGCAGCAGAGAGAUAUAAUAAAGAGUAGGAGUCUGGACAGGAGGCUACAGGAACCAAUAGUUUUAACAAAAUGGAGGCACAGCACAAUUGUGCUGGACACCAACGACAAGGAAUCAUCAACUGCUUCUAAGACCAGCUUUCCUGAAAAUGAGUCCUCUCCUUCUUCACCAAAGCAUCAAGCCACAGGCCAAGAAAAGUAUGGUUUAUUAAAUGUGACAAAAAUUACAGAAAAUGGGAAGAAAGUUCGAAAGAAUUGGAUGUCAUCAUGGGCAGUGUUACAAGGGUCGUCACUGCUGUUCACUAAAACCCAAGGAAGUGGAACUGGCUGGUCAUUUUGCCAAGUGGGCUCAAUUCCUGAGCUCUUGCUCUCGCUGCUUUCUUCUUGGAAAAAUGCUCUCAGUCGUCGACCUGCUGUCACCUAUGUAAACUCUGCCCAAGUUUCAGCUAUCACUAAGUUUGGUGUCAAUCAGUCUAAGCCAGAAUUUACAGUGGAUCUCAAAGGGGCGUUGAUUGACUGGGCCUCAAAGGACAAAUCCAGCAAAAAGAAUGUUAUUGAGCUAAAAACCCACCAAGGAACUGAGCUCUUAAUUCAAUCUGAUAAUGACGGCUUUAUUAAUGAAUGGUAUAAGGUUCUUAACUAUACCAUCAAUAAUCAGGUAAUAGAACCUGAUGAACCAUUAGAAGAUGAGGUACCAGAUUCUCCUGGGGUGGAAAAACAAGACAAAGAGAAAGAGAAGGAGAAUAAAGACUCUAAGAAACUUCGUUUGAAAGCACCUAGCAAUAUAGAUUCCACAGAUCAGAAAAAGACCAAAACGAAGCUCAAGAAGUUUCUUACACGGCGCCCCACGUUACAAGCCGUCCGUGAAAAAGGCUACAUUAAGGAUCAAGUUUUUGGUUCAAAUCUCACCAGCUUGUGUCAAAGAGAAAACGGCACGGUGCCAAAGUUCGUGAAGCUGUGCAUUGAGCAUGUUGAGGAACAUGGAUUAGAUAUUGAUGGCUUAUACAGAGUUAGUGGCAAUCUUGCAGUGAUACAGAAGCUAAGAUUUGCAGUCAACCAUGAUGAGAAACUGGACUUGAAUGACAGUAAAUGGGAAGAUAUUCAUGUCAUCACAGGAGCUUUAAAGAUGUUUUUCAGAGAAUUGCCAGAGCCGCUGUUCACUUACAAUCACUUCAAUGACUUUGUCAAUGCAAUUAAACAAGAGCCAAGGCAGCGUGUCCCUGCUGUUAAAGAUUUAAUCAAACAGUUGCCAAAACCAAAUCAGGACACUAUGCAGGUACUCUUUAGACACCUGAAGAGAGUUGUAGAAAAUGGAGAAAAGAACCGAAUGACCUAUCAAAGUAUAGCGAUAGUUUUUGGUCCAACCUUAUUAAAACCAGAGAAAGAGACUGGUAACAUAGCAGUCCACACAGUAUACCAGAAUCAGAUUGUAGAGUUAAUUCUACUGGAAUUGAAUUCUAUCUUUGGACGCUGACGUUUUUCUUGAAGUAGAAGCUGGAAGUGAUGAGUUGGCAGCAGUACUCCAUCAGAAGGAAUUAUUUUAUGUUUGUGGACCAAGCAGCAACUCAUUUUUUGCACUUUUGGGGGGGGGAAGAAACAGGAGAAAUGUUUGACCACUUUAAUGCAAAUUAAAGACAACACUUUGGAUUUCUUUGAGAAGUUCAAUGUAAAAAAUGAAUUGAAAAGUUUAUAGUUUGCCUUUUUCAAGUAGCAUUGGAAAAAUGUAAUAUAGGUUCAUACACUGGAGUUCUUGGAGAGUAAAGCCAUUAAUCUCAAACUGGAUAAUCUGGAAUUUAAUCUCAAAAUUCUUCCACUUGGUAGGGAAAAGUCCUGCCAAAUAGUAUGGAAAAAUUCAGUGAAGAAACACCUUAAGCUUGUGUAUUACAACCUACUCAGAUCUCUAUGACACUUUUCCAAGGGGUUUCUGCAUGUGGUGCCUGUCUUGGACUUGCGCUAACAGUUUGGUUUAGUUAUUCAAAUCUAGUGCUUCACUUGGUAUCUGCUGCCCCUUUUCCUUCUUUUUUUUUUUUCCUUUCCCCCCCUUUUUCUGUUGGUUUUUUUCCGCUUCUCUUUGUUUCCUUUUUUUCCCCAGCAACCUUUCUAGAAGUUCUUAGCUGCUUCAUAGAGCAGCACACUAUUACACUAUUUCAAACACUGAACUUGUAAGAAUAUCCAGCAAUGGAUAUGGCUUAUGGCAUAACAGAAGUAAUAUUUAAUAAACAUGUUCAUUUUUUCAGGGUAUUUCUUGAGCUAAGUUUUGUGUUAUACUGAUCUAAAUCUGAAGUCCUAAGUAAACACCGACUGUAACACUGUAUUGAGUUCAUGGUAUAAUGCUGUGGUAGUGGAAGUUCAUUCUUGAUGUAAAUAUGAGCUGUCCUUUUGAUUCUUGUAUAUAAUUCAGUCCCUGUAUAGUUUAAGAACACUUUAGUCACACAUUUCUAAUCAUGGGUAGAUUAGCUACAGUAGCAUAAUGUUUCCAGUGGAUGUCUGGGUUUCAACAGGGAAACAGGUUAUGGGGAGGGAGGGGAUCUAACUGUGUGCACUUUUAGAUGUUAAUUACAUUUGCAGGCAAAUAACUGUAAUGCAAAUGGUACUGGAGAAAUACUGAGUGUGCUUGCUAAAUGGUUAAUGCACUACAAGAGGAGCCUUUUAGGUUAUUUAAUAUGUACAGGAUACAUUAGAAAAAUGUAUUAUGAAUUCUAACACCUACAAAUAGUGAAAGUCAUGUUUUGAUAGAUAGAUAGAUAUUUGGUGGAAUCCAUGAUGCUAAAUUUAAGAUUUUCUUUUUACAUUAAUGUAGAAUAAUUUGUAAAAUUGGUUUUGAAAGAUUUUGUUACAGGGAGCAUGGUCUGCUGAAGAUUUUUUUAAAUGUAUUUUUCUAGACUAACUGCUGUAUCUGACAUAUUUGUUAUGUCUAACCUGAAUAAAGAAAACCAAUAGUU